UAUUGGAAUGAAAGCUAUGCCUGAGAUCUUGGACGGUGCAAUUCGGCGAGCCGUUGUAAUCGGAAACGGAUUCGCCGGCGCUGAGAAUCAAUGCAUUGGAUUGGUCCGUGCUCUCGGUCUCUCCAAUCGCCACUCCUUAUACCGCGUGACGAGGCCCCGAGGAGGAAUCAAUAGGUGGCUUCGUUGGCUUCCGGUUUCUCUCCAUAAAAAGAUAGAAUACGUUAUCAGAAAAUUAUGUGGCAAUUCACGCUUUCAAACAUCGAAAGGUAUAUCUGACGUGUUAGAAGCUGAUGCUCACCACAUUGCAACAGUGGCACGUGAAACGUUUCGCAAGGAUGGCCCCUUGUUGGUGGUUGCAUCUGGACGAGACACCAUUUCUGUUGCCAGCUCCAUUAAACGGUUAGCUCCAGAAAAUGUUUUUCUUGUUCAGAUACAACAUCCAAGAUGGCACCUGAGUAGGUUUGAUCUUGUUAUUACUCCACGCCAUGAUUAUUAUCCGCUGACUCCUCAUGCCCAACAGCAAAUACCUUGGUUUCUUCGGAGGUGGGUCACUCCAUGGGAACCUCCUGGCCGCAAUGUGGUCCUCACUGUGGGAGCGCUUCAUCAAGCUGAUUCCACUGCUCUCAGGGUUGCUGCUUCUGCUUGGCAUGAUGAGUUAGCAACUCUGCCAAAGCCGUUGCUUGUGGUUAAUGUCGGGGGACCUACAGGUAAAGUUGUUAACCCUCCCAUCGAGGCUCUAGCAAUGGAACUAAAGGCCCAAAUAAUAAUAAAAAUGUCUUCAUUCAAUCCUUUAGCAACUAUUUUGAGCCAAAAACCUAUGGAUGGUACCAAUUACAAACAAUGGAAAACUAAUCUUGAUAUUGUUCUACAAUUCGAAAAGCUCAACUUUGUACUGACCACCCCUAUACCAGCGCAGCCUGCUGAAGAUGCGCCUGAGGCAACAAAGGCACAAUUUCAGCAUGAGAAGGAGAAGGCAAAUGUGGCAGUUCGCUGUUACAUUUUAGCCAGUCUUGCCAGUCACCUUCAGGAGCAGGUAAACAUGAUUAAGAGUGGGGCAGCUAUGCUCCAGACUCUUGAUGGCAUGUUUGCUACGUCUAGCAGCUCUGCUAGGUAG